AAACUAAUCGAACGUACUCUGAUAUUUUUUGGCAAAACAACGAUCAUCGCAUUAAUAACUUUUCUAUCAAAGGUUCGUAAUGUAUGAUUAAAAACAAAGUGAUUCAAGAAAAUGAGAUAAACCGCAGCAGUAAAAUGUUAAAGAAGUUCGUGGAAGCGAUACUUCUUAAAAAUACCAGUGGAAUAUUUAGAAAAACUAGGAAGGUAGUAAAGAAGGUAUACACUAGUCGCUCCAAUUUCAAAAGAAGACGCAAUAAAGAAGAUUCAGUUGGUAAAAAUAUUGAAAAUGAGACAAAGCACAGUCAAUAUAUGGACAAUAUUAAAACACACGAGGUUAAAAAGCAAGCAAAUAAUUUCAUAAAUAAUGUAAAAAUACCCAGUUUAUUAUUCCUCAUAAUUUUCUACGUAUGUCUUUUUAAUGUGAUAAUUUCGUGUGAUGUUAAUAUAAAUACUGUAAAUAUAAAAGCGGAUAAAGACGAUAAGUCACUUACAUUUAAUAGAGAAAAACCUUGGAUAAAUCUUGGCCAAUCAAAGUUGAAAGUCCAUGGAAAGAAUUUAAGAAAAGGCCGUGCUUCUUUACAUGAAGAAUCCGAAGAUACAUCAGAAAAGUACACCAAUAGUGGUGCUCAAGAUCUCGAUAAAUAUUACAAUUAUUACAAAAAUAAGGAAGAAUUUACAAAUUCAACAGAUUAUCCUAAAAAUUUAUUAGUAUUGAAUAAUAUUUAUGACAACACUCGUGCGAUAGGAUACCCUCAUGACUUAGCGAGUAGUCCGUAUUUUGUUAAAAGGACAAAUUUUAAUUUAAGACCCGAAAGACAUCAAUUCGAUGAAAAGAUAGUGAAACUUGGAGUACUGUUAUCAGCAGACCCUACCCAAGUGUUUUCACUAGCUAAAGUCCUUCCAAUAGUAGAAAUGGCAGCUGUAGCAGUAACAACGGAGGAUGGACCAUUACCAGGAUGGAAAAUUUUAGUGGACUACAGAGAUACAAGAUGUUCUUCUGUUGACGGACCCUUGGCAGCUUUUGAGUUUUACGUUAAUGGUUCUGCUGAUGCAUUUAUCGGGCCAGGAUGCGAAUAUGUGAUAGCCCCAGUCGCCAGAUAUGCCGGUCCAUGGCGGAUUCCAGUAUUAACUGCUGGUGGCCAGGCUGAAGCAUUUGGAUAUAAAAAUCCGAGCUACCAAACUCUCACAAGAAUGAUGGGCAGCUAUACACAAGCGGGGGUAGCGAUUAGAAAAGUUUUUGAGGAAUUUAAUUGGCGUAAGCUGGGUAUGCUCUAUCACAACAAUGACCCCGCAUCUGGAAAGGGGAACAGUCCAUGUUACCUCACUCUUAGUGCCGUGUUCACCGUCCUGUUGAAGAAGAAUUCAGGAUCAUCAAUACCAAAUAUACCGUUCGAUGAAACGGUGACAAACACAACAGUGAUAAAGGAAUUACUAACAAAUCUCUCGUUAAUGACGAGAAUUGUGGUGGUCUGCGCUAACCCGAGCACAGUGAGGGAGAUUAUGCUCGCCGCUGAUGAACUAAACAUGGUGUCAUCAGGAGAAUACGUAUUUUUCAACAUCGAACUGUUCUCUAAUUUAGCAUCCGCAUCAUCAAAAGAACCAUGGAAGAUAGAAGGCGACACAGAAGAAAGGAACGAGCGAGCUCGACGCGCCUACAGCGCGGUACUGACAGUCACCAGCCCAGCGCCAGAGAAGAAAGAAUACCUCGAGUUCUCUGAUAAGGUAAAAGAUCUGGCGGCUACGAAGUAUAACUAUACAUUCGGCAAAGGGGAGAUGGUGUCAACAUUCGUUGCAGCAUUCUAUGACGCUGUGUUGCUGUACGCUCUUGCUCUCAAUGAUACUUUGAGCCAAUCCGCCGACCCGAGGGGUCAGUUAGAUGGGUCGGCAGUAAUCCGCAACAUGUGGAACAGAACCUUUCAAGGUAUAACUGGAGAAGUCAUAAUUGACACGAAUGGGGAUCGUGUGGCUUCAUAUUCAUUACUGGACAUGAACCCUAAUACCAGUAAGUUUGAGGUCGUCGCGACUUACAUAGCGGCAAAUUCGUCUUUACAAUUCAUCGCAAACCGUCCAAUUCACUGGGCUGGGGGGCGAACCACCCCUCCGCCCGACACCCCCGAGUGUGGUUUUGACGGCUCCCUCUGCCCCGACAACUCUAUCCCGGUAUACGCCAUAUUGAGUAUUGUACUCAGUUCCGUCGUAGUGAUUUUAGCAAUUUUAUCAGUAUUUAUUUAUAGGCAUUACAAGCUGGAAGCGGAGAUAGCGAUGAUGACGUGGCGGGUUAGCUGGAGCGACGUGCUAUUGCCAGGCGGCAAGCUACGCGGCAGCUUACACUCUCUCGCACGAAGGUACAGCUCUGGGACGGCGUAUUCCGACGAGGCGACGUCACUGGCGGGUGAUAGACAAGUUUACGCCCCUUGUGGCUUUUACAAAGGGUGCAGAGUCGCAAUAAAGAACGUCGAUAAACAACGAAUCGAUCUCACAAGACCACUGUUACUUGAACUUAAGAAGAUGAAGGAUUUGGAGCACGACCAUUUAGCGAGGUUCUACGGCGCCUGCGUGGAUCCACCACAUUGCUGCCUCCUCACAGAGUAUUGUCCGAAAGGAUCGUUGCAGGAUAUUUUGGAAAACGACACAAUAAAACUUGAUUGGAUGUUCAAAGUCAGCUUAAUGCACGAUAUUGUUCGGGGUAUGCACUAUCUCCACGGCUCCGAUAUAAGAUCUCACGGCGCUUUGAAAUCGAGCAACUGCGUUGUUGAUUCUCGAUUCGUUUUGAAAAUAACUGACUUCGGUCUUCACGCUCUAAGAACUGCGGAGAAAGAUUUCAAGGCUCACAGUUAUUGGACCCGUUUAUUAUGGACCUCUCCGGAAUUGCUCAGGAUGUCGGAACCUCCGCCCGAGGGGACACAAAAAGGAGACGUGUAUUCCUUUGGCAUUAUUAUGCAUGAGAUAGUUAACAGACAGGGAGCAUUCUGGCUAGGACCGGGCAUUGACAUGGCCCCCAAAGAGAUCAUAGAGACUGUGGUCGCCAGUGGUAUUCGUCCAAACACGACCCAUCAUCGGUCGUUCGAAGCGGACGAGGCGACAGAACUGAUGCGACGAUGUUGGGCGGAAGACCCCACUGAGAGACCCGACUUCGGGCAUUUAAAGGGGGCGAUUCGACGGCUCAAUAAGUCUCAAGAAAGUAGUAAUAUUUUAGAUAAUUUAUUAUCACGUAUGGAGCAAUAUGCCAAUAAUUUAGAAGCAUUAGUUAGUGAAAGAACUCAAGAUUAUUUAGAAGAGAAGAAGAAAUGCGAGGAACUUCUUUAUCAAUUAUUACCUAAGUCAGUGGCUUCGCAACUCAUAAAUGGGCAAUCAGUAGUCGCUGAAACGUUUGAGAGCGUCACCAUAUACUUUUCGGACAUAGUUGGAUUCACCGCGUUAUCUGCCUCCUCCACGCCUAUGCAAGUUGUCGAUCUUCUUAACGAUCUUUACACGUGCUUCGAUUCGAUUGUUGAAAACUACGAUGUCUAUAAGGUGGAAACAAUAGGAGAUGCGUACAUGGUUGUGUCCGGUCUACCGGAACGUAAUGGAAUCCGGCACGCCCGCGAGGUGGCGCGAAUGGCGCUCGCAUUGCUCGACGCCGUCAGACGCUUCCGGAUAAGACAUCGACCACAUGAUCAGCUCAAACUUAGAAUCGGCUUGCAUUCUGGUCCUUGCGUCGCCGGAGUAGUUGGUUUGAAAAUGCCACGAUAUUGCUUGUUCGGCGACACAGUGAACACGGCGUCGCGAAUGGAAUCAAACGGUGAAGCUCUCAAGAUACACGUAUCGCCCACUACUAAGGCUCUGUUGGACAGCUUCGGUACAUUCCGUCUAGAGUGCAGAGGAGAAGUUGCUAUGAAGGGGAAAGGAGUUCUAGUCACGUAUUGGUUGUUAGGUGAAACAAUCGAUCCUAAUGCUCCUAAAGAAAAACCUCACAUAGCGAAGUUACAAUUACAGUCAAAUGUUAGUGGUUCCUUGUCACAUUUGACACCGUUCAAACAACGAAUGGACCACGGGUCGAGGUCGUCAAGUAGACGCGGUUCAGGAAUAUUCCAGCAAAAGGCAAAUGAUGUACAUAAAUUAGAGAGAGAAGUUCAACCGUUCCUACAAGUUAUUAAAAUGCAAAGACAGCUGUCCGAUCCCACGGAAGCUGUAACUAAUGGAGUUGAAGAUCAUUCUACAGACACUGACAAAUUAAACCCUCCUAAUUCAAUAGCACUCAACGUUAGCACUCUCAAUCACAAUUCGGUCAAUCAGAGCGGCCAACCCAAAGUGAAACUCAAGGACUGUCAAAUGAAUUCUAUUGGAAAUCACAAAUCGAAUAAGAUAGGCAAUAAUAAUUGGCUACCAAAAAUCCCUACAGCUAGUUCCUUUGAUAGCGCUUCUAAAAAGAGUACGGAAUGUUUGAAAGAUUAUAGCGGGGUACCGUUGUUGUCCAAGGCUGAAACACCCAAUGAUUCAAUCGUGUGAAAUCUAAAUUAUAUAUUACUAUGUUAAUUGAAUAAGUAGUUUAAUUAAAUCACUGUGUUGUGCUUAAUUGAUAAUUCAAUGAGAGAAUUGUUAUUAUAAAAUUCAAGUCAUUUAGAGUUAGGUAAUAAUUUGAAUGUUGGUACCAUUGGAGUCAUUCCAUAAAGUUUUUUAGUAUUUAAUAUAUCUUGGUGUUGUCAUAAAAUGUUUGUUGUAUUUUUUCGUUAAAACACUGAACAUACUUUAUAGAAUUUAUUAAUUUCUAGAUGAGACUAGGAUGUACAUAUUAGACAA